GGCGGUAGUAGGGCGCGGGGAGGGGUGGCGGCGCCGGCGUGAGGCUCGGGAGGGGGAGGGCCAGUCUCGUCAUUUCCUCAACCUAGAAGGAAAACUCAAGGGCACGUGACUAUCUCGUGCUAUUCUCUUCCAUUCUCUUCUCCCCGACGAGGAACCAAACCUUAGGUUCCGCCGCCGUCGUCGCCGGCGAGUAUCCCAGAUCUCCGGCGCGCGCCGCCGUGGAUAGAGAGAUUCCUCUCUCCCGCGAGAGUGAAGUCGAUUGGGUUAGCGGUUUGAGGGGGCGAGGUGGGUGGUUUGAGGGAGGAGGAGGAUGGGGUCGUCAGCGAAGGUGGUGCGGCCGGAGGAGGUGCUGGAGUCGCUGAAGAACGACGGCACCAUCGACGCGCUCCGCAUGAAGAUCAUCGCCCAGCUCAAGGCCAACGAGGAUAUGAAGAAAAACACUAUGAUGAUGGUGGAGCAAAGCAAAGUUCUGAACACUCCUGGUGCGGAGAAAAAGACCAAGAGGGAGUUGUUUGAUGCACUUCGGCAGGAACUGGAAACUCCAGUCCUUGAGAAAGCUUCCAAGGCAGUUUGGGAGCUGAUACUUGACAAUGGUGGAUUAGGGAAAGAGAUAACCAAGACCGUUGAGAAAGUCUUCUGCCGGCUCAGUGGGAUUGACAUAAUGCCUCCUCCGCCUUCAGCAGCUGGUGCUCAUCAGGAGAAAGACGACAUGACUGUUGAUGAAGGUGAGAACAGCAAGGAGAUGGAUGCAUCUGAACCAUCAUCAUCAAGAAAGAGACCCUUCAGUGACCUCGGCCGAAAAGGAGGAAGUGACGUGCCAAAUGGCAGCGCUACAGACCAGCAUGAUGAGUCUGAGGAUGGCAAGCAUAAGAUGUGAUGUUUGUUUGUGCUGUAAUUCUUAGGUAUUAGUGGCUGAUGUAGCUCUGGUGCUUGAAUGGUAAGAAGUUGAUGUAGUUUAGAAUCUAGAGUUGUAUGCUAUAUUGAUAUAUGCAUUUUAUACUUCCUGUCUAUAGAGUACUUGUCAAGUUCUGUAAGUGACUGCUAUAGGAUGCUUCGACUUUCAAGAAAGCUAAUUGUCCUUAAGUUUA